AUGGCACUUAAAGUUCCUGCUAAUGUAGCUGCUGAGAUUGCAAUUGGGUCCAUCGGUCGUGGUUAUGAUAUAUCCACAGAUAUAAGGCUUAAAUAUUGUAAAGGAGAUUCCAUAAAUUCACGUUUAAUCGAGAUAGAUGAAAAUGAUGUACGAGAGGUGGUGCUACCUGGUGGAGUUUCAAUACCAAAUGUUUCCAAAUCAAUUAAAUGUGAUAAAGGGGAACGCACUCGGUUCAGGUCCGAUGUUCUGUCUUUCCAACAGAUGUCGGAGCAAUUCAAUCAGGAGUUAUCUUUGACUGGCAAAAUUCCAUCAGGGCUUUUCAAUACAAUGUUUGAAUUUUCUGGGAGUUGGCAGAGAGAUGCAGCCCUUACAAAGUCCCUUGCUUUCGAUGGGGUGUUAAUUACACUAUAUACUGUUGCAUUAGAGAAGUCUCAAAUGGUCCUCUGUGAUCACGUUAAAAAAGCUGUACCAUCAUCAUGGGAUCCACCUGCUUUAGCAAGUUUUGACCUUUUCGUCAGUUCUUGGAACUAUGGAUACCUUCUGAGCUCUAACUCUGGCCAACUGUUCCUAUUCACAAUGCUCAGGUUUAUUGAUACCUUUGGCACCCAUAUAAUUGUUGGUAUGAAAAUUGGGGGAAAAGAUGUAAUAUAUUUGAAGCAGCAACACUCAUCAACCCUUCAACCUGCUGAUGUUCAGAAAAAAUUGAAAGAGAUUGCAGAUAGGAGGUUUCUAGAUGCCAACGGCCACUAUACCAUUGCUUCUGAUCAAGUUUUCCCAAAUGACAAGUUUGGAAUCAGGGACCAAAGGCUAACGUUUGCUAAUAUUAGUCCAUCAAGUUCUUAUUCACAUAAGGAGGAUAUUGUAAGUAUUUGCAAGAGGAGGGGUGGGAGUGAUGACAGAAAUCUAUCCCACAAUGAGUGGUUACAAACUGUUCAGCAUGAGCCUGAUGUGAUCUCAAUGUCGUUCAUUCCAAUUACAUCUCUAUUGAAUGGAGUGCCAGGGAGUGGAUUCUUGAGCCAUGCCAUAAACCUUUAUUUACGAUACAAACCACCAAUUCAAGAGCUCCACCAAUUCUUGGAGUUCCAGCUGCCAAGGCAGUGGGCACCUGUAUUCAGUGAUCUUCCACUUGGUCCACAACGAAAGCAACGGAGUUCUGCAUCUUUACAGUUUAGCUUCAUGGGCCCCAAGCUUUACGUUAACAUCACACAGGUUGACGUAGGUAAGAGGCCAGUGACUGGUCUCCGACUGUAUCUUGAAGGUAAGAAAAGCAAUCGGUUAGCCAUCCAUUUGCAACACCUUUCAUCACUUCCAAAAAUCUUCCAGCUUGAAGAUGAUCCGAAUGAUAACUUUCAGCGGAAGUCUUACGAUAGAAGAUUCUAUGAGAAGGUUCAAUGGAAGAAUUUCUCUCAUGUGUGCACUGCUCCUGUGGAAUCUGAGGAGGAUCUUUCAAUUGUAACCGGAGCACAAUUGCAAGUUGAGAAUUAUGGCAUAAAAAAUAUACUCUUCCUAAGACUUCGAUUCUCAACUGUGCUAGGAGCUAAAGCAGUGAAGUAUCAGUGGGAGGGAUCACCCAAGUUGGGAGCCAAGUCAGGACUGAUAUCCACUUUAAUUAGCCAACACUUCACAGCAACAUUUCAGAAGCCUCCUCCGCGGCCAGCAGAUGUUAAUAUAAAUUCUGCUGUCUAUCCAGGAGGCCCUCCUGUUCCUGUCCAAGCUCCCAAGCUUCUCAAAUUUGUUGACACAACUGAGAUGACCAGAGGACCAGAAGAGUCUCCGGGCUAUUGGGUUGUCUCUGGAGCAAAGCUUGUCGUUGAUAAGGGCAGAAUUUCUCUCCGAGUGAAGUGUGGUAGGUUGGGAAAUAAGAAGGGAGAGGAUGCUACUAGUUAUGAACAAGAAAAAUUGCUUCGUUUUUGCUAUGCUAAUCAGGGAGGCUUUCUUGCAGAGAUAGAGAAGGCUUUCUUGCAGGGAGGCUUUCCCUAUUUGAGUCCACUUUUUUCCAGCAGAAACUUGGAGCUUAUGGGAGCGCUUAUUAAUAGGAGACAAACCCUUCAUGAUGAUAUCAAGGAGAUGGCGAAAAAUGAUGGAUACAGACCGGAAUAUGGCUGGUAUAUCUCUGAAGUAUUUGAGAAUGUUCUAGACUAA